CCAUCUGCUUCUUCUUUUUCUUCCCCUUCGUCUUCUUUUAACUUCUUCGCAGGGAUGAACGCCCAAAGCUUAUUCGCCUCAGCGGCUAUCAACAUAGGAUUAGCAUUAAUCACCAUCUUUCUCUUCUCCAUACUGAAGAAACAGUCCUCUAACGCCCCCAUCUACUACUCUCGCCGCCUCUCCCACCGCCACCCCAUCCCCUCCCACCACCACCACUACAACUGGUGCUGCUCCACUCUCCUCCGCUUUCUUCCCUCCGUUUCUUGGAUUCCCCAAGCCUUCCGGGUCUCGGAAGAUGAGAUUCUUCACACCAGUGGACUCGAUGCUCUCGUCGUCAUCAGACUCUUCAAAUUCGGCAUCAAUUUCUUUGUGGCAUGUUCUCUUGUGGGAUUGCUGGUUCUUCUCCCACUCAAUUAUACCAGUCCUGGUGGACCAUAUAAGAGUUCACAUUCCAUGGAUUCUUUUACAAUAUCUAAUAUCAGUAGAGGCUCUAACCGGCUUUGGGUUCAUUUUUCAUGCCUAUGCUUGAUAUCAUUCUAUGGAUUGUACCUGCUAUAUAAGGAAUACAAUGAGAUAUUGGCGAAAAGAACUCAACAACUUCAAAACAUUAGGCAUCAACCUGCUCAGUUCACUGUUCUGGUUCGAGAAAUUCCCCUCUGCAGUGAGCACAAAACUAGUGGGUGUUCUGUAGAUCAUUUCUUCUCUAAACACUAUCCAUAUGCAUAUCACUCUUAUCAAAUGUUAUAUGAUGCGACAGACCUCGAGCAAUUGUUGGAGUUGCCUGUUGCUUUUGUUACUUUCAAGUCCCGAUGGGGUGCUGCACUAGCAGCACAGAGUCAGCAGCACCCACAUCCACUAUUGUGGAUCACGGAAAUGGCUCCAGAGCCAAGAGAUGUCCUAUGGAAGAACUUGGCUACUUCAUACAGAUAUCUGCCACUUCAGAACCUUCUUGUUUUUAUUGCUGCAUCACUUCUUACAAUAUUCUUUGCUAUCCCAGUCACUGCAGUUCAAGGAAUAGCAAAAUUUGAAAAGUUAAGGAAAUGGUUUCCUCCUGCCAUGGCCUUACAGUUGAUACCAGGAUUGCGCUCUGUUGUGACAGGAUAUCUUCCAAGUGCAGUUCUCAAAGGAUUUAUAUAUAUUGUGCCCUUUGCCAUGCUUGGAAUGGCUAAGCUAGCAGGCUGUGUCUCAGGGAGCAAGCAGGAGAUAAAAUGUUGCAGCAUGGUUUUCUAUUUUUUGGUGGGAAAUGUAUUCUUCUUGAGCUUGUUAUCAGGGUCUUUACUUGAUGAAAUUGGAGAAUCUUUCUCUAAUCCUAAGAAUUUUCCUAGUCAUCUUGCAAGUGCUGUCUCGGCUCAAGCAGAUUUCUUUAUGACAUACAUCUUGACAGAUGGGCUGUCAGGAUUUUCUUUGGAGGUUCUUCAACCUGGCUUACUCAUUUGGGAUUUCAUCAAAUCACACACAUACUCCCGUGGGAAGGAGAAAGUUCCUUAUCUUUAUUCAAUGCCCUACUUCCGAGUUAUUCCAUUCGUCUCUCUCUCAAUACUGAUUGGCAUGGUAUAUGCAGUAGUUGCACCAUUGCUGCUACCAUUUCUUAUUGGCUACUUCUUUUUUGGCUAUGCCGUGUACAUCAACCAGAUUCAAGAUGUAUAUGAGACUGUUUACGAGUCGUGUGGACAAUAUUGGCCAUAUAUUCAUCACUAUAUUCUUGUUGCAAUCGUCCUUAUGCAAAUAACAAUGAUUGGUCUCUUUGGGUUGAAGUCAAAACCGGCUGCAGCCAUUUCCACAAUACCACUCCUCUUGUUUACUAUAUUGUUCAACGAGUACUGCAAGAUCCGUUUCCUUCCUACAUUUUACCGUUGCUCUAUCCAGAAUGCUAUGGAAAAUGAUGAACUUGAUGAGAAGAAUGGGCUGCUGGAAGUAAACUAUGAGAAUGCGCAUAAUGCAUACUGCAGAUCCUUUUUGCAGCCGCAGGUGAACUCCCCACUAGAAUCAAGCUCCAUGCAGCCAUUGGUCUCUUCAACAUGAUUUUUCAGCUCAGGAUCAUCUAAGUUUCACUUUCCAUUUUAUUCUUUUGAAGAUUUAGUUAUAAUCUUGAUGUAAAAUAUACCAUUAACAUUUCUUAAUUUCCACGCAGCUCUUUAGUGAAAAGGUCUGUUAGGAGAAAGGAUUAAGCCAUAUUAGCCAAUAUUCAA